AGCUACUGAACUAUUGCACAAGGGUCAGCAUGUGACCAACAAGCUCCUGCAGCCUGAGGCACAUCCGGCCGUACUGGUGAGAUCUGCUCCCUCUCUCUGCCUCCCCCACUCUCUCUUCAGCUGUCCCCACUCAUGGUCAAACCAGUCCACAGAAAUGGAAGUCUACCAGCAGUGUCCUUGCAGGGAUUUGUGCUGGUCGGAUUUGGGGGAAGUGCAGAGACCCAGGUCCUGCUCUUUGCUGUCUUCCUGCCUCUGUACAUGCUGACUGUCCUGGGAAACCUCACUAUGAUCGUGGUCAUCACACUGGAUGCCAGCCUGCACUCCCCCAUGUACUUCUUCCUCAAGAACCUGUCCUUCGUUGACCUCUGCCUCUCUUCUGUGAUAGUGCCCAAUGCCCUGGCCAACAUUUUCUCCUCUUCCAAGGUCAUCAGCUUUGAGGGAUGUGCCACUCAGUUCUUCCUUUUCUCCUUGUUGGCUGCCACCGAAGCUGUCCUCUUAGCUGUGAUGGCCUACGACCGUUUCAUGGCCAUCUGUAGUCCCCUGAGGUACCCUGUGACCAUGAGCCCUACGACCUGUGCCCGUCUGGUUCUGGGUACCUUCUGUGUUGGCUGCCUGAACUCCAUUGUCCAGACCAGCCUCACGUUCCAGCUGCCCUUCUGCAGUUCCAACCACAUUGAUUCCUUCUUCUGUGAUGUGCCCCCACUGAUCAAGAUUGCUUGUGCAGACACAACUCUCAAUGAACUUGUCAUGUUUGGUAUCUGUGGGUUCAUCAUUGUGUGUGCUGUUCUUGUGGUCAUCAUUUCUUAUGGCUACAUUACAGUGACCAUCCUCAGGAUGCAGUCAGGGUCAGGGCAGCACAAGGUCUUCUCUACCUGUGGCUCCCACAUGACAGCUGUAACAUUGUUUUAUGGAACUGGUUUUGCUAUCUAUGGCCAGCCAGGGGGUAUGGAAUCCAUGGAGCAGGGCAAGCUGGUCUCCAUCAUAUACACCCUGGUGAUCCCUAUGUUCAACCCCCUCAUCUACAGUCUGCGCAACAAGGAUGUAAAGAAUGCCCUGAGGAGACUGGGUCAGAGACACAGUCUGGUGAAGAAGAGUGGCUGGUGUCAUCAUUAG